GGGACGCCACACUCCGAUUUUUACAGAAGCUGGUAUUUUAAAGCGAAAUAAAGCAGUAGACUCACAGGAAUCUACACCAGCGUAGUACACUGUAUAGGAUUUAACACGUCAAAAUGGCCGAAGAGAUCACACAGCGCCUGAAGCUUACCUGCAGCGCCAAGCUCGCAGAACAGGCGGAACGUUACGAUGAAAUGGCUGAUGCCAUGAAGGCAUUGGUGGAAACUUGCAUCACCGGUAAAGAGGAACUGACCGUUGAAGAGCGUAACCUACUCUCUGUCGCAUACAAGAACGCUGUGGGAUCCAGACGCGCUUCAUGGCGUAUUGUCAGUGGCGUUGAGCAGAAGGAAGCCAGCAAGAACAACGUCGUCCAGCAGAAUCUGGCUGCGACGUACAGACUCAAAAUUGAAAAGGAACUGACACAAAUAUGUUCCAACAUAUUGACAUUGCUCAACGACCGUUUGAUUCCAGCCACCACCGAUAGCGAGAGCCAGGUGUUCUACCACAAGAUGAAGGGUGACUACUACCGCUACAUCAGCGAGUUCUCAUGUGAUCAGGAGAAGGCCCAGGCAUCUGCAUCGGCCAAGGAGUCUUACCAAAAGGCUACUGAGAUCGCAGAAACUGAAUUGAAGUCAACCCAUCCCAUCAGGUUGGGUCUUGCACUCAAUUUCUCCGUGUUCUUCUACGAAAUUCUCAACAAGCCUCAUGAAGCCUGCGAAAUGGCUAAACGCGCAUUCGACGAGGCCAUCACAGAGUUUGACAGUGUCAGCGAGGACAGUUACAAAGAUAGCACACUUAUCAUGCAGCUGCUCCGCGACAACCUUACAUUAUGGGCAACCGACAUCCAAAACGAUGCCGUUGGAGACAAGCCCAAAGCAGAGGAGUAAUGUAACCCCUGCCUAAAUAUACAAAAGAGAUCUUAAACCUGGAGAAAUACCGGACCCAGUAGCUCUCAUAAAACAGAAUAAAAAAUAUAGACACAGAGGCUAUGUCCAGCAAGCUUGCCCUUAAUGUAACAGCUAG